AUGAAGAAAUUUAAUAUCCAGAGAGUUUUGGAUGGUUUAACUUCGUCCCCCAGCGGAAGCAGUGGCGGUUCCAGCGGCAGCGGCUGUGGGCUCGGUGGUGGUCCGGGGCACACAGGAGGAACCCCAGGGACUCCCAGAGAGGAAAUCCAGGAGACUCUGACUUCAGACUAUUUCCAAAUCUGCAAGACGGUUCGCCACGGGUUUCCGUAUUUGCCCACUGCCUUAGCGUUUGACCCGGUUCAGAAGAUUCUGGCGAUCGGGACAAGAACAGGCACCAUUCGAAUAUUGGGCCGACCGGGGGUUGACUGUUACUGCCAACACGAAAGUGGCGCUGCAGUUGUGCAGCUUCAGUUUUUAAUUAAUGAGGGCGCCUUGGUCAGCGCGAGCUCAGACGACAUGCUCCAUUUGUGGAAUCUCAGACAGAAGCGGCCGGCAAUUCUUCAUUCUCUAAAGUUUACUCGAGAACGGAUUACGUCCUGUCACUUGCCUUUCCAGAGCAAAUGGCUCUACGUCGGGACAGAGCGGGGAAAUACUCACAUUGUAAAUAUCGAAUCCUUCGUCCUUUCCGGAUACGUGAUCAUGUGGAACAAGGCCAUAGAGCUGUCUACGAAGACUCACCCUGGCCCAGUGGUGCAUCUAAGCGAUAGCCCAAGAGACGAAGGGAAACUAUUGAUAGGCUAUGAAGAUGGAACGGUCGUACUCUGGGACUUGAGAUCCAAGAGAGCCGAUUUAAGAGUAUAUUAUGAUGAGGCAAUCCAUUCUAUCGGGUGGCAUCACGAGGGGAAGCAGUUUAUGUGCAGUCAUUCGGACGGCAGUUUGACUCUGUGGAAUCUCCGAAGUCCUAGCAGGCCGUUCCAAAUAAUCAUUCCACAUGGCAAAAUUCAGCGAGAUGGUAAAAAAGCUGAAUCUUGUAAGCCAAUUCUUAAAGUAGAAUACAAGACCUGUAAAAACAGUGAGCCUUUUAUAAUUUUUUCUGGUGGACUUUCAUAUGACAAGCCUUGGCGAAGGCCGAGUCUAACGAUCAUGCACGGAAAAGCCAUCACAGUGCUGGAAAUGGAUCACCCCAUUGUGGACUUUUUGACCCUUUGUGAAACGCCAUACCCAAACGAAUUUCAAGAACCAUAUGCUGUAGUCGUACUGUUGGAAAGAGAUUUGAUUGUGGUCGACCUGACCCAGAGCAACUUCCCAAUUUUUGAAAAUCCUUAUCCCAUGGACAUUCACGAGUCGCCCGUUACCUGCACAGAAUAUUUGGCCGACUGUCCGCCAGAUUUGAUUCCUGUGCUAUAUUCUGUAGGCGUGAAACAUAAGAAGCAAGGAUACAGCAACAAGGAGUGGCCUAUUACUGGCGGAGCGUGGAACCUAGGAGCACAGACAUAUCUCGAAAUUAUUAUCACAGGUCAUGCAGAUGGAUCAGUAAAAUUUUGGGAUGCUUCUUGCAUAACACUUCAGAUGCUGUACAAGUUGAAAACCUCCAAGGUGUUUGAAAAACAGAAGGUGGAAGGAAAGCCGACAGCGGAAGUGGUAGAAGACGAUCCUUUUGCCAUCCAGUUGAUGUAUUGGUGCCCUGAAAGUCGGAUAUUCUGUGUGGCAGGAGCCUCUGCCUACGUCAUCGUUUACAGAUUCAGCAAACACGAAGUCAAUACUGAAAUUUCCUCCUUAGAGGUGCGAAUUCAGAGCGAGAUAGAAGAUAUCAUCACUCCGGAGGCAGAAAUGAUUCCUCCCUUUCCAGAUGCGUCUUCUCAACUUCCGUCUUUGAAAGAUCUCUCAGGCAGCACAAACACCAUAACGUCUGUGGGAACAGUGAAGGACAGUAUUCCAUGCCUCAGCGUUAAGACUCGUCCACUGAGGAUGCCUCCUGGUUACCAAGCGGAAUUGGUUAUUCAGUUGGUGUGGGUCGAGGGCGAGCCUCCCCAGCAGAUUACCAGCCUGGCAGCAAAUUCAGCAUACGGAUUAGUUGCAUUUGGAAACUGCAAUGGUUUGGCUGUUGUGGAUUUUAUGCAGAAGAUCACCCUGCUGAGCCUCGGAACCGCCGACAUCUACGGAUCCACCGAUCCGUACCAACGCCAGCCUCGCUCUCCCCGCCGAAGCAAGCAGUUUGCUGCAGACAACUUUUGCAUGCGUGGCUUCUCUAACUUUUAUCCUGAUUUAACGAAACGGAUCCGUACUUCCUAUCAGAGCCUCACCGAGUUGUCGGACGGCCCCGUUUCGCUGGAGCUGGAGCGCUGCAAGUCCCCAACAGCCUCAGAUCACGUAAAUGGGCACUGCACAAGCCCCACUUCUCUAGGCUGCGGCUCUGGAAAACGGCUCUCUAGUGCAGAUGUCUCAAAAAUCAACCGUCGGGUUGCUAGCAAGCCUCCGUUUAGGAAAGCUCAGUCGGCCGCCUGCAUGGAGAUUUCUCUGCCAGUUGCAACGGAAGAAAACAGAGAGAACUCCUUCACCCAUUCCCGCAGCUCCAGCGUCUCCAGUAUUGACAAAGAGUCUAAGGAAGCCAUUACAGCUUUGUACUUCGUAGAGUCAUUUGUACGGAAAAACGACACCACCGUGUCUCCGUGUCUUUGGGUCGGUACAGGCCAUGGGGUGGUCUCGACGUUAUCCCUUAACUUGCCCACAGUGGAUGAACUAAGGCAUACGGAACCUGUGACGGUUUCACUGAGUGGUACACUUCUGACCCUGAAGGGAGCGGUCUUAACUUUUGCGUGCUUGGACUGCACGGGGACCUUGAUACACCCUCCCUACGAGGCCUGGAGAGACCCCAAAAACAACAUGGAGGACAGCGAACAAGCCCGGAAAAGGAAGCUGGUCAUGCAUUCUCCAUCCUCCUCGCAGGACAUGGGGGAGCACCAGUUUGUGGUCAUCUGCUCCGAGAAGCAGGCCAAAGUCUUCUUGCUGCCUUCCCAGGCGUGCCUCUACGUCCACAACAUCACGGACACAUCCUUCCUGCUGCGAGCGGACGUGGUGUCCCUGUGUAGCAGCGUUUGCCUGGCGUGCUUCUGUGCCAACGGGCAUAUCACGAUUCUGAGUUUACCCAGUCUCCGCCCGUUGCUAGAUGUCAAUUAUUUGCCCGUAACAGACAUGAGGAUCGCUCGGACCUUUUGUUUCACCAACGAGGGACAAGCGUUGUACCUUGGUUCGGCUACGGAAAUCCAGCGAUUGACUUUCAGCCAAGAAAUGUGCGACAAUCUGCAGGAAAUGCUCGGGGUGUUGUUCACCCCCGUGGAGACCCCCGAGGCUCAGUACCGAGGCUUUCUGAAGGGGCUCUUCGGCGGAACAGGAGGAACGCUGGACAGGGAAGAACUGUUCGGCGAGGCCACAGCGGGAAAAGCGUCUCGGAGUCUCGCUCAGCACAUCCCCGGGUCUGGUGGAGUGGAGGGCGUGAAAGGAGCCGCAGGAAGUGCCAUCGGAGAGCUGGCUCGGGCACGCAUAGCCCUCGACGAGAGGGGCCAGAAGCUGGGAGAACUGGACGAGAGAACGGCCAGGAUGAUGUCCAGCGCGGAAUCCCUGUCCAAACAUGCACAUGAGGUGAUGCUGAAAUACAAGGACAAGAAAUGGUACCAGUUUUAGAUUUUUA